UUUAGUUUUUUCUCCGUCUAUCGCUUCCGCCUUGACCUUCUCCUUCACUUCGGCAUCUGCACCGUCGCCGCAGCCGCCGCCGCCGGAGAUCGAGAAAGGUGAAGUGAGCUCUAAUUUCGGUCUGGACGCGGUCCUCUGUUACCUGUUAUGGCGAUUUCGGUUUUCGGCUUCACGGUUUUGACGGUGAUUACAGUUAUCGCCGAUUACGCUUCGGCUCCUGUUUCCGCCGCCUCCGAAGGCGUUCAGGUUACAUAUGGUUCGGUGAUCAAGCUAAUGCAUGAGAGGACAAAGUUCCGGCUUCAUUCACAUGAUGUUCCUUACGGCUCCGGCAGUGGGCAGCAGUCGGUUACUGGUUUUCCGAAUGUUGAUGACUCUAACAGCUACUGGAUUGUGAGGCCUACACAAGACUCAUCUGAAAAACAAGGAGAUACGAUCAAAAGUGGCACGCUCAUUAGGCUGCAGCAUAUGAGAACUAGGAAGUGGUUGCACAGCCACUUACACGCAUCCCCGAUAUCCGGAAAUUUGGAGGUGAGCUGCUUCGGCAAUGACGGGCAGUCUGAUACGGGGGAUUAUUGGAGACUCGAGAUCGAGGGGAGUGGAAAGACGUGGAGACAAGAUCAACGAGUCCGGCUUCAGCAUGUAGACACAGGAGGGUACCUUCACAGUCAUGACAAGAAAUACAACCGUAUCGCCGGGGGCCAGCAGGAGGUUUGUGGUGUCCGGAAGAAGCAAGCGGAUAAUAUUUGGCUGGCUGCCGAGGGUGUCUAUCUUCCAUCGGCUACGGCUACGGCUACGGCUGAAAGCAAGUGAGAUCAGCUGAGAUUUUUCGACAACCUUAUAGACGUUAUUUGGUUAUUCAUUGUACUUUUGUCGCUCGCCGUUGCCGUCGCGGUCGUCGACAUCUAAUAGAGCUGCCUGCUUGCUUAGGCCUAAGAGAUGGAGAAAGUUUGAAGUUAAAAGAUGGUUGGACUGUAAUUUGAAAACACCUGUAGUUCCAAGACUAAUGCUUUGUUUAGACAAGCACUUUGUACUGUUUGGCACUAUCCCAAUUUUAAAGAAAUACGAUAUCAAGUUUUUACACAAAUAUCAUAUCAAAUACUCUUUCCAUA